UCCAUUAUAUUUUCACGGUACUCUGACCAGACGAUACGCAAGUGCGUAUAUAAACUCUUGGUAUCCAAUUAGGAACCAUCACAUUCACACCGACGACUGACGAGUCCACACUCGGCCAGAUAAUAUUCAUACGUGGUAGGCACCUACUUUGUAAUAAUAUCACAACUGCAGUAAACGUGAAAAUUCGCACUCCAGUUUUCGUCCGACGAAAGACGGUAAAACUGUUUCAUUUUUAUUAUACUUACUAUAUUUCAUUUGCAAAAAAAAACCAAAAGCAUGUUUUCUCCCAUCGCGAUUUCGUUCGUUUGCGUUUCUCUGGCAGUUUUCGGUUCCACCGCUUCCGUGCCACAACAGUCACAACAACAGCAGCUACGGCAAGAAGACGGAUUCGGCACGGUCCUGUGGUCAGUACUAGACGAUUGUUUUGGCGACAUCACUUCUGCCGUACCAGCCACCGUGUGCCUCAAGUCCAAAGCGCUGACUGCCCUUGACCGGGCCCUCGGCAAGUCCGCCGUGACCCUUACGGAAGGCGUCAUCCUGACCGCUAGGGCCGGCAAAUCACUGGCCGUCGACCCACAAGCCGAUCGGGCCGACCGCGCCGCUCUGGACGCCGCUCCGGACGCCGACAGCAAGAACGCCAUGCUGGACGACAUGCUCGCCAACCGCAUGGACAGGCUCAUGUCCACCAGGACCAUCGUGCUCGACGGUGUCGACCAAGAAGGUCGCAAGAAGAAGGACAAGGGUAUGCAACAAGCCAUCAUGAUGGCCGGUAUGACGGCUGCCGCUGUAAUGGGACCGAUGGCAUUAAAAAUCAUCGCUUUAAUCUCAGUCAAAGCACUGUUGAUAAGCAAAAUCGCAUUGGUGCUGUCCGGUAUUAUUGUGCUCAAGAAACUCAUGCAGCCCCAACAGGGAGGUGGUGGUGGUGGUGGUCACGAAACCGAAUCGCCUCAUCAUUACGGUCGGAGCAUCGAAGGCGCUGCUCACCACAUGGCGUACUCGGGUCAAAAGCAAUAAUAGCCACCAAGACGUUCUUAUUAAUUUAUUAUUUAUUUAUUUAUAACCGUAACGAUUAGUAGUAAUUCUUUUUUACUAUUAUUAAUAUCCGUCGUGUAAUAAUUUUUUUACGAGACUAUUCGUCUUAAUAAUGGUAUCGUAAUGCUACGUGCUGAAGAUUUAUUUUCGAUUUAUUUUGAAGUAGGUAUUUAUAAACAAAUUAAUUUAUGAACUUUUUUCUAUUACCUACUGCUUUUAAAAUAAAUCUGUUUUUAGAUUUUACAAUGAAAAAUAUUAAUUUAUUAUUUAUUUCCACAUAAUUUAAAGUUAAUAAAAUAAUAUGUGUUUGUAUUACAUAAAUUGUUUCAUUUACAUCCCUACCCUUAACUUGUAUACAAUUUAAAUAUCGUAAACAUUCCAACGUACUAACAUAGAUAAUGUUGUUAAAUUUAAGUUUGAUAACAGGCCAGUUCACUAUAAUAUUAUGCGUUGAACGCAAAUUUGUUAUGUUAUGCGUGAGUUGGAGAGAGAAGAUAAAUUCAUUUAAGGAAUUUUUAACAUAAUAUGGAUAUAAUUAUAUAAAUCUUCACACUCAUAAUCUAAGUAUAAUGUUAUGGAAUACAUUUUAA